AUGCGGGCAGUCCUCCCAAAGUCGAUUAUCGCCAGACUUGAGGCCUCCCACACCCCCGACUUCCGACCUGUCGCCUCCAUCUCUCGCCAUCCUCGCCCACCCAGACCCAUCAGCAAAGCCCCUCGCUCGAUCGAAGGACUGAAUGCGAACCGUCUCUUCCGACGAGCGCAGACACCCGCCGAAGAAGCAGCCCACGCCUACCUCGAUACCUACCCUCUUCCACCUUCUCCUACAGUCUCAGACUUGCUCCGCCGACAGGUCACCUACUCCAAGUUCAUCUUUGCCUUGACCGCACGAUCAGAAGAUGCCGUUUCGUCUCUGGUAGAACGGGCGAUGAAGGAGAAGGUGCCUCUUUCGACUGUAACCUUGACGAGGAUCCUUCAAAAGUCGCUAGAGAAUCCGUCCGCCGAGGCCCGCGUCAGAAUCGUUCAAAGCGUCAUGCCUUUUCUCCCCGACCGGCUUGAUGUGCCCCUCCUCGACCUGCUCCUCCGUGCAGUCAUCCGAGACUCGUCGCCCGACCCAUCAUUUGUCGAGGGUCUCAUCAACGACUGUCUCGCGCUUGAUGGUGUCACGAGCAAGGAUGGAUGGCCAUGGGAGAUCUGGGACGUUCUUAUCACGACUCAUGUCCCCACAGCAGACUUUCAUUCUGCUGUCAAGCGGCUAGGUGAAUUCAAGCGAGUCGUUAGAGCGUAUCUCGAUGCCCCAUCAUCCUCUUCCUCCCCGCCAAAACUCUCUCACGCCCAAAGAACCGCCAUCGUACAAGUCUACACCACCACCAUGAACAUCUGGCGCCUCUCCACUCUCAAAGAUACCACCGCUCGCUCCAAAUGCUCGCGCAUCCCGGAGAGUCUGGCGGAAGAUCUGGUAGAGCUCGCAGGAGGUGAAGCGGGUCUGGACGUCAAGUUCUUGAGCGCGUGGUUGCGCGCGGAGAAGGUUGCGCAGAAUUGGGAGAUGGCAGAGAGUAUUGUGGAGAUGAUUGGUGAAGCGCAGGAGAGCUACGAGGUUGGAGAAGGAGGGAAGGAGCAAGAGGGUAUACCGCGUCUGGAUUCAAAGACGUGGACGUCUGUCUUUGGUCUCUACACUACGCCUUGCGUUCUACCGCCGACCCGCGUCCUCGCCCGGCGUCUCCUCACCCAAACCCCAAAGAGUACUGAAGCCACCGAGCAAGACGCCAUACCCAAUCCGAACCGGGCUAUACAUCUCCCCAUCUUGACGUCCGAAGUCGUCAACGCCAUCCUUCGCGCCAUCUUCCACUCUCUCGAUACUACACAUCCCAGUACGCCCCCAAACGAGAUCGACCUCCCCCUAACCCUCGUCAUCCUCCGCCUAAUCACAUUAAGCGGCACCCCUACCUCCCCCCCAGCCGACCGCAAAACCAUCGACAUCCUCUCCUCCUACCUCUACCGCACCGCGCGCAACCUCUCCCUCCCUCCCCACCUCUUCUUCUCCCUCGGUAUUCCCGCAAUGCCGAAUAGGAGGAGGAGGAAUGGGAAGGAGAAGACGUGGAGAAGGUUCGGACUGGGGGCGGAAGAGUGGGAUGUUAUGACGGAGGCAGUACAUGCUGAGCGGGUGAAGAUGGGGAGAGAGGUGGAGGUUGUGCAUCUGCCGUUUUCUAUGCCUGUUGCUCGUCUUGCGAAGGCUCAUCCUUCUUUUCAAUUCUUGGCACCGCACCCAGAGGCGGAGAAGGAACUGUCGAGCACGAUCACGGUCAAUGCUGAGCAACUCAGGACUUUCGGGAGUGGGGAAAGAGGAUCGAGUUUUCAGAGGGUACUACCGGCGUUGAUAGGGAUACUCGAGCGGCUCAUCGUCGCGCGAGAGAGACAAGCUUGUUCGGCGAGAGUCGAAUAUCUCUUUGCAGAGGUUCCGCGCGGAAAUGAGAAACAGAUGGAAGAACGAGAGCUACCGAUGGAGAGGGCAAGGUUGGAAAGAGAACGUGAGAGGUUGGCUGGGCAAGAAGGCUUGGAGGACACCGACGAGCAGAUUCUGCGGAGUGUGAUGGAUGUGGUAAAUAAGGAGGUGCUUUGGCCGUCGAGAAGGGAGAGAAGGGUCGUGAAGAGAGAGAUCAAGAGGCGGAAGCUGUGA